AUGCAAGUCACAGUGGAACUGUGUGUGGGUCUGCUUACGUUAGAAGGAUUUUCAACAGAAUUCAGUGAGACUUCCUCUGAUGAGUAUGAAAUCUGUUUGUGUUCUAUCAUCUGGAAAUUACUUCAUGUGGAUUCUUAUGGUAGAUGCCUGAAUAACCGAAAGCUUCCCAAUAUGAGACUGAUGGACACUUCUACAGCCACUACAGAGGACUCUGAAUUCAUGAAUUUUAUUUCUAAAUAUAAGUUUCACCUGGCUAUGGAGAAUGCCAUAUGCCAUGAUUAUAUGACAGAGAAACUUUGGAGGCCAAUGCACAUAGGGGCUAUUCCUGUAUAUCGAGGUUCACCAUCUGUACGAGACUGGAUGCCUGAUGAUCAUUCCAUUAUUCUCAUUGAUGACUUUGGAAGCCCUAAAGAACUUGCAGAAUAUAUUGAUUUUUUGGACAGGAACUCAGAUGAAUAUUUGAAAUAUCUAGAGUACAAGAGUCCAGGUGGUAUUACAAACCAGUUCUUGCUGGAGAGCAUGAGGAAGCGUGAAUGGGGAGUGAAUGACAUGACUCUCCCUAAUUAUCUGAACGGAUUUGAGUGCUUUGUCUGUGACAGAGAAAAUGCAAGACUUAAUGCAGAAAGGGACCACAAAAAAACUCAUGGGAAAUUGCUAGCUCCGGAAGUUCAUAUAGCCCAGACCACACACAUGGGAUGUCCUUCACCAGCACCCGGCUAUGGCAAUAUUGAAGACAUUCCUGAUGGAGACAGCUGGAAAGAAAUGUGGCUUCAAGAUUACUGGCAGAGUCUUGAUCAAGGAGAAGCUCUCACAGCUAUGAUUCAUCACAAUGAAUCUCAUCAGGGGAGAUUUUGGGAUUAUAUGCACAAAAUCUUCAUGAAAAGAACUCAGCAUAACUGAUGAAUUAGGAUUUUUCAUGUUAUAUGAACAGUGGGCAGAAUAUGCACUCACCAGAACCAAACUUGCCUUACGUGACAGCUGAAUGCAUUCAUCAGGCAGAUGCUACAGGUAUGUUUCAGGAAUUAGACAGUAACAUUUUUGCUGAAAUAUUUUAAUUGAUUAGAAUGAAAUCUAAUCAAUUGUUUUUUAUAAAAUAUUUUUGUUAAAAAGUGACUAUUUCUGCAAUUAAUUGUAUAGCCUUCUAAAUUCUGUAAAUAAAGGUCUUUUUGUAUGUAUUGAGAAUGGAAAGUAAUUCAAUACAGCCAAGUGGUGUAGUGGUUAAGGUGCUGAUCUAGGUCCUGGGAGAAUUAAGAUUAAGUCCACUCUUAAUUGUAGAAACUCAUUUGCUGACUUUGGACUUGUCCUGUCCCUCAGCCCAGGCUAUCUCACAGGGCUGCUGUUGUGGGGACAAAAGUGAAGGCAGAUCCCCUGUAAGCUGCCUUGGGCUCCUGGAGGAAAGAUGGGACAUAAAUUGAAUAAAUAAAUCUGUUAAUAUGUUCUACCAAAGUAUGUGAUCUUCAUUCUGAGCCCAAUUACUUAAAGAUUAGAAAUAAGUUCAAUUUUUUUCUGCCUCCAAAUGAUUCAAGAAAACAAAGAAGCUGCUAUAAUCUGUUGUUGCUUAAUUCUGAUACAGCUGUAGUAUUUUUCAUUGAUUUUAGCUCAUAAAACUUGAACUGAGAUUUUUUGGGAUGCUUCCACCUCACCAUAGCCCUGGUGACACAGGUACCAAUGGUGAACUCAAUCAUGACCAGGACCUGUCUUACAUACAAGAUCCUUAUUGCCAGAGAUGCCAUGAGAUGCAAGAUAUGAGAGAGAGAUUAAACAAUCUUAAACCACCCAGAGUCACUGGGAGCUGGACAGCAUAUAAAUUUAAUAGAUGAUGAUGGU